UUGAAAGGUUAUGAACUAUGUCUUUCCUUAAACAACAAAAGAAAUCACUUAACGUCAGUUGCCUAAUUCCUACAUAGUACCUAGAAGGCUAGAACUCUUCUUGUCUUUGGUUUUUCCUUCUUUUUUUUGUUUGCUCAAAGACCUUUAUUUCAGUUCUUCAAUCUUCUUCAUUCACCCACUUAUCAUUGCACAAGUUCCUUUGAUCUUUGUUGUUAGGUUCUUUCAAGUUCCUUUUAAGUUUAAACACUCAUCUGAGAGGUUGGGUUUCUUCCAAUGGGACCCAUUAAAGGGUUCAAGAGAAGGAAAAAAACAGCAGACAAGAAGGUGGUUGACCACAAUGUCUUGCCUUCUUCUUUAGGGUCUCAACCUCAGCCUUUGGAUUGGUGGGAUGAGUUCUCCAACAGGAUUUCAGGUCCUUUAUCCCAAUCAAAGGGUUCACAAAGUUUUGAAUCGGUUUUCAGAAUUUCGAGAAAGACAUUCAACUACAUCUGUUCGCUAGUGAAGGACGAUCUGAUGGCUAGGCAAUCGAGCUACACUGAUAUAUAUGGCAAGCCUUUGUCUCUAAAUGAUCAAGUUGCCGUUGCUCUUAGAAGGCUUAGCUCUGGUGAGUCAUUAUCGAUAAUUGGUGAUACUUUUGGGAUGAAUCAAUCAACUGUUUCUCAGAUAACCUGGCGGUUUGUGGAAUCAAUGGAGGAAAGAGGGCUGCAUCAUCUCAGUUGGCCUUCAACCGAAGAAGAGAUGGAACAAAUUAAGUCAAAGUUCGAGAAAAUACGGGGCCUUCCUAAUUGCUGCGGUGCGAUCGACAUCACACACAUUGUCAUGACUCUGCCUACAAUGGACCCUUCGAAUCAUGUCUGGUUUGAUCGGGAGAAGAACUACAGCAUGGUCUUGCAGGCAGUUGUGGACCCUGAGAUGAGAUUCCGUGAUGUGAUUGUUGGGUGGCCAGGAAGUUUAAGUGAUGCCGUUGUCCUACAGAGCUCAGGUUUAUUCAGACUUUCCGAAGAAGGAAAGAGGCUAAACGGAAAGAAGCUAAACAUUUCAGAAGGAACAGAAAUAAGAGAAUAUAUAAUAGGGGAUGCAGGUUUUCCCCUAUUGCCGUGGCUUUUUACUCCUUAUCAAGGGAAAAGCCUCUCAGAUCUUCAAAUUGAGUUCAAUAAACGACAUGCUGCAACCAGAAUGGUAGCCGAGAUGGCUCUGGCAAGGCUCAAGGAGAUGUGGAGAAUAAUACAUGGGGUGAUGUGGAUGCCCGAUAGGAACAGAUUGCCGAGAAUCAUUCUUGUUUGCUGCUUGUUGCACAACAUUCUUAUCGAUCUUGAGGACGAAGUGCUGGAUGAUAUGUCAUUGUCCCAUCAGCAUGACAUUGAUUAUCAUCGACAAAAUUGUGAAUCAUUCGACCAAUCUGCCUCGAUCACGAGAGACAAACUUUCUCUCUACUUAACAGGAAAAUUGCCACCUUGAAAGUACCUCGAUAAUUUUCCCAGGUAUUUCGAUUGCACAUCAAGGUUAUCUAUUUUAACUCGAAAAUGAAACGAGUUCCAAGACAUAAAUUUCUGUUGAUUUAUGUCUAUUAGUCGAACCAGAAAGUACUAUUCCGAAGCAGCUUAUCUAUUUUCCGCUUUGAUAGCGUAGCAUGUUGUUUGUAAUUUCUGAUAUUCUUCAAAUUGUGCAGACAUGGAUGAUUAUUUAAAGCUGUAGUCCUUGUUGAGUCAAGUUCAAUCAAUGGAGCAAGCUGAGUUUGAGAA